GGGAAAAAAAAGGAAAAAAAGGAAAAAAAAGGGGGAAAAAAGGGGAAAAAAGAAGAAAAAAAGGAGUUUCCAGAGGCCCAGGACCCACCUGAGCAGAAUUAGGGGCUCAGAGGAUUCCAGGCUGAGUUUGGGAUGCAGCUGCUCCUGGACAGACCCAGAGAAUUCCCAGGAGCCUGAUCGGAGCCGGAGCAGCCCCGGGGGGUCCCAUGGAGCAGGGGGGGAGCCCCCAGCCCCAGCAGGAGGCUGAGGGGGGGGACGGAAUCCCCGGGGCUGGGGACGCAAUUCCCGACGUCGGGGAUAGAAUUCCCGGUGUUGGGGAUGAAAUUCCCGGUGUUGGGGAUGGAAUUCCCGGGGCUGGGGACGCAAUUCCCGACGUCGGGGAUGGAAUUCCCGGUGUUGGGGAUGGAAUUCCCGGUGCUGGGGACGGAAUUCCCGCUGUUGCCAGCCCCUCCCCACCCAGGACCGCCACCGGGGCCCGAUCCCGGGGGGCACCCAGCCCCGAGCGACCCCCGGGGGUCUCCCCCCCCCAGCGGCAGCAGCCCCCCGAGGAUUUGGGGUCCCCGCCGGGCGGGCCCCCCGAGGAGCUGUACCGCGUCAAGUGGAUCCGCUGGAAGGGGCAGCGCACGGCCGUGGUCACCCAGAGCCAGAACGGGCCCUGCCCGCUCCUGGCCCUCAUCAACGUCCUCCUGCUGCGCUGGAAGGUGAAGCUGCCCCCGCAGACGGAGGUGGUGACGGCCGAGGAGCUGAUGGCACAUUUGGGGGAUUGCAUCCUGGCCACCCAACCCCGGGACACCUCGGAGGGGCUGCAGCUGAACUUCCAGCAGAACAUCAGUGACACCAUGACGGUGCUGCCCAAGCUCUCCACGGGGCUGGACGUCAACGUGAGGUUCACGGGGGUCUCAGAUUUCGAGUACACCCCCGAGUGCAUCGUCUUCGACCUCCUCAACAUCCCGCUCUACCACGGCUGGCUGGUGGACCCCCAGAGCCCCGAGCAGGUGCAGGCCGUGGGCAAGCUCAGCUACAACCAGCUGGUGGAGAAGAUCAUCACCUGCAAACACGCCAGCGACUCCGGCCUGGUGAGCGAAGGGCUGGCGGCCGAGCAGUUCCUGCAGAGCACGGCGUCGCAGCUGACCUUGCACGGGCUCUGCGAGCUCACGGCCCGCGCCCGCGAGGGCGAGCUCGGCGUCUUCUUCCGCAACAACCACUUCAGCACCGUGCUCAAGCACCAGGGCCACCUCUACCUGCUGGUGACCGACCAGGGCUUCCUGCGGGAGGAGGGGGUGGUGUGGGAGAGCCUGCACGGCGUGGAUGGGGACAGCUGCUUCUGCGACAGCGACUUCCACCUCAGCACCCCCCCGGGCACGCGGGGAGCCCCCCAGGAGCACCGGCUGCAGCAGAGACAAGCGGAGCAGGAUUACAUGGUGGCCCUGUCCCUGCAGCGGGGCCAGGACCCCCCCUCGGUGCUCGGCGACCUGGAGCUGGCGCGGCAGCUGCAGCACGAGGAGUACCAGCAGCACCAUCCUCAUCCUCACCAUCCUCAUCCUCCCCCUGCCGCUCCUCAGCCGCUCCCAGCGCAGCGGCGGUCCCGGCAGAGGCUGGAUUCGGACUGCACCCUCCUGUAGCGCCUCGAGCCCGGGGGUCCCCGCACCCAGAGCCCCCCCAGACCCCGCUCUGCCUCCUCCAGGGGUCCCUGCGGGGCUGGAGAUGAGGGGUGUGACCGUCUGAACCCACCCCAAACUUCCCAGUGGCCUUAACACGGCGGGGUCGCACUCGGGGGGGGUCCCACAGCUCAGUCCGUGCUCUGGGACACGGGGGGAUGGGGGGGGACAGGGACCCCCCCCCCCGGCUCAAAAUGUGGCCUUAGCCCUUGGCAAGUAAAGGACUUGGCCCCCUG